UCGCAUAAUCGAGAAUCCGAAUCGGAGGAAAUUGGGCAGGAAUAUCGUAAGUUUUGAGUGGCUUAGGAAUCGACUAGUCUCAGGUUAUUCGCAAAAUAAUUACGUAACUAAUCCCGAAGUUUUAUUUUCCUCCAUUUACCGUUAUGCUGCCUCAUGUUAUCGUUGUGUAUCGAACUACUUUUUGGCGAGUAAGCGUGUGUGUAUACGUAGCGCGGUUACGACCUCCGAGAGAAAAUGAAAUGUAAAAUGGCAAUGUUACGCUAUGGGCCGGAAAAAUAAAUGUUAUAUGUACACCGUGAGUGAAUAAUCGUUGAUUUGUCGAUAAUAAUGGAGGGCCACAAGUCAAGGAACGAGUCAGUGGUUGCUCCAGAGUUGUAUUUCCUAAUCGCCAAGUUUCUCGCCGCUGGACCUUGCCAGGAGACGGCUCAACUUCUGAAACGCGAAUUAGAACGAGCUAAGAUCCUGCCGCAGAGGAGGGACUGGGAGGGAAAUCUGCACAAUCAAACCUUCGAGGAAUUGGAGCGUAAAUACACACAUAUUGCGCCGCAACAUUUACUGCAAAUAUGUGCUCGAAUCGGUCCAGUCUUGGAGAAAGAGGUGCCGCCUUGUAUUCCAGGAGCUGUAUCGCUUCUUGGUGCGGGGCGUCAGUCUUUACUACGUACAAAAGAAGAUUUCAUGCAACAAAUACUCGGCGUUUUAGCUUAUUCAAUAAGGCAAGGAGGAAGACCAUUCCUCGAUCCGCCUGGCAUUACAAACUGCCACAAUAUUGUUCGUGUAAUACAGGGUAGAGAAAACUCGGGACCUUUGACUCGGCGUCAAGCAUUACCGACUAGGUUUUACACUAAAAUGCAAUUGUACAGACAUACCUUGGGCCACUUAUCGGCUGUGUAUUGUGUUCUUUACGAUCGCACUGGCAAGUACAUUAUCACUGGUGCUGACGAUCUGCUCGUUAAAGUAUGGAGUGCGAUAGACGGCCGACUUUUAGCAACCUUCAGGGGAGCUUCAUCUGAAAUAAUGGACAUUGCUGUAAAUUUCGAUAAUACUCUUCUGGCCGCUGGAAGCUUAGAUCGAAUUUUGAGGGUCUGGUGUUUCCAAACGAUGUCUCCUGUGGCUGUGUUAUCGGGACAUUCGGGCAUGAUUACGUCUGUCAAUUUUUGUCCAAUUUCGUGCAAUGGUGUUAAUUACCUUGUGUCCACAAGCACUGACGGCUCAGUAGCGUUUUGGCCCCACACUAAGAACGGAAAAGAACGAGCAAUGUUCCAGACGAAGCCGAUUCAAUAUCACGAAAAAAUGCGACCUGGUCAGGCACAAAUGAUAUGUGCAUCGUUUAGUCCUGGGGGGGCUUUUAUGGCAGCAGGAUCUGCAGAUCAUAAUGUCCGUGUUUACGCCAUGCUUGGAGAUGAAGGGCCACGAAGAGUGCUCGAAGUUGAGGCACACACAGACACAGUGGACAGUAUUCAGUGGGCUCACUACGGUCUUCGCUUUAUAUCGGGAUCCAAAGACGGCACUGCCAACGUUUGGCAUUUUGAACAACAGCAGUGGAUAAAUAGGAGACUUCUCAUGACUACCAAACUUCCUGGAGAACCCGAGGUAGAAGAUGAUACAAACAAGAAAGCUAAGGUAACCAUGGUUAGUUGGGACGUCAGCGAUGAGUGGGUGAUCACGGCUGUCAAUGAUAGUUCGUUGAAAGUGUGGGACGUGAGGACUGGGGAGCUCAGGCAAGUCCUGAAAGGUCACAGAGACGAAGUCUUCGUUUUAGAAUCUCACCCAACCGAUCCGAGAGUUCUUUUGAGCGCGGGUCACGACGGGCAGCUCAUUAUAUGGGACAUACUGAGCACAGAGCCUGUGGCUUGCUUUCAGAAUUUUAUCGAAGGUCAAGGUCACGGUGCAGUGUUCGAUGCUAAAUGGGCACCAGAUGGUACAAUGCUUGCAGCUACAGAUUCGCACGGCCACCUUCUUCUCUACGGGUUUGGUUCUGGCGUGGAAAGGCUCAAAGUUGUCCCUAAAGAACUUUUCUUCCACACGGAUUACCGUCCGCUUAUCAGGGAUUCAAAUCACUACGUUUUGGAUGAACAAACGCAAACGGCGCCUCAUCUUAUGCCUCCGCCAUUUCUGGUUGAUGUUGAUGGUAACCCAUACCCUCCUGCCUUGCAACGAUUGGUUCCGGGUAGAGAGAACUGUCGCGGGGAACAAUUGGUGCCAAAUAUAGCGGUCGGCGCUGGAGGAAUGCAAGAAGUAAUUGAAGGCUUACCGACUUUUGAGCCACGCUCCAACAUUGAUAGACUAAUCGAAGCUCUUGCUCAAAGGCAAAACAUCAAUGCCGAGGGAGAAAAUAUAGGUGACGAAGAUAAUCAAGGUGAACCGCUGCUACGGCAUAUAGCUAGUCCUCGUGGAAGCAGACCUGGAUUACGCAGAGCUGGUGAUGUCGAAGGAGUAAGACAAAGCAGCGGUAACUGGCAGAGGGACAACACAACCCCUUGGAACAAGCCUAUCCUUGCAAGACCGAUCAGCUAUGCUGUUCUUGAUACUAUUACUAAAACGCUUAAUGCCACAGCCGAGAUGGAACUUGAACACUGGAGACGAGAGAUGCGACGCAGACCAGCUACAGCAAAUCCUACCGAAGGAUUGGGCGGGGUACGUGGUCUGUUGGGAAAUCGUAAAAAAAAUAGAGGCACGCGUCAUGGGUACAGAACGAGAGCAGCUCGAGGCGAAGAUCGGGAGGAUGACGAGUUUGAGAAUUCAGACAAUGUGGAUGUUACUGGGAGUUCAGCCAGCAGUAAUAAUAACGAUUCUUCGGCACGCGAAGAAGACUUAUGUUCGGAUAGCUCAAGCUCCGACUCCAGCAGUGAAUAUUCAGAUUGGAAUGCACAUCAAGGCGUAAAUUUAGAGCCACCGAAACGUAGUAAAAGAAAACCAGUAAAAAAACGUUCCGUCACCCCGCCGAGUGAGUCUGACAGAAGACGCAGUCAAAGACCUAGAAAGAAGAUUAUACCAGUACCGAACGGUAUUGGCGAAGUACCCGAAGCUUUCCGUCCACCGGAAUGGCUAUCGGCGAUAAUUCCGAGAAAAGCUCCCUACUAUCCGCAAAUGGGUGAUGAAAUAGUAUAUUUUCGACAAGGUCACCAGUUUUACAUCGACGCCGUUCGCAACAAGAAAGUUUACGAACUUAGUCCGCGUUGUGAGCCUUGGUCGAAGAUGACUAUAAGGGCUCAAGAAUUUGUUAAAGUAGUGGGAAUAAAAUACGAAAUAAGACCGCCCCGUCUUUGCUGCUUGAAACUGGCUGUGAUGGACGAAGAUGGUCGAUUGACCGGUGAUAAUUUUACCAUAAAAUAUCACGAUAUGGCGGACGUUUUGGACUUUCUUGUACUCAGACAAACGUUCGAAACAGCUCUGGCCCGCAGCUGGUCAGAAGGCGAUCGCUUUAGAUGCAUGAUCGACGAUGGCUGGUGGAUGGGACAAAUUCAGUCGAUGGAACCGCUGGAUGAGAACUUUCCAGAGUCAUUUUUCAUGUGCUUUCGCGUCAGAUGGGACAAUGGAGAAUUCGAAAAGAUGAGUCCCUGGGAUCUCGAGCCUGUGGACGAGGACAGACUUCCAGCAGAAAUUGGCGGUGCUGUUCCUGUACUUCCCGAGGAAAUCGAGGCGACACUCUAUCAGCCACAUGCGGAAGAAUGGCCAAUGGGAGACAGGGAAGCUACUUGUCGCAGGAUAAUAAGAGGCCUUGACCAAGUUAUGACGCUUGCGAUUGCAGAGCCAUUCGUCGUUCCAGUUGAUCUCAAUAUUUAUCCCGCCUAUGCGUUUGUCGUUGAAUACCCGAUAGAUUUAUCGACAAUCAAAGCACGGUUCGAAAAUCAUUUUUAUAGGAGAAUCACGUCGGCUCAGUUUGACGUAAGGUACCUGGCGACUAAUGCUGAACAAUUCAACGAGCCUCAUAGUCAAAUUGUCAAACAGGCUAGAAUAGUGACAGAUUUAUGCCUCAGAGUAAUAAAAGAUAUGACCGAGCUCGACGUUCCAGCUGUUUAUCAUCAAUUGGUAGAUACGUAUCAAUCCUCAGAUUCUGACGAAGAUACAGUAGACAAAAACAGACCAUCAACCAGUUCUCAACAGCCUUCAUCUAGCAGAAGUUUGCGUUCGCAAGAAAGUAUCAGCGACUGGAAAGUUGCUUGUCGACAAUUACUAGAAAGUUUAUGGCAGUGCGAGGAUUCCAUACCUUUUAGAGAACCAGUUGACAGGCUUGAACACCCCGAUUAUUACCAAAUAAUUGAUACCCCAAUGGAUCUACGUACUGUUAAAGAAGAUUUACUUGGUGGAAACUAUGAGACUCCAAUGGAAUUUUCUAAAGAUAUAAAGUUAAUCUUCACAAAUAGUAAAAAUUACAACACCAACAAACGAUCGAGGACACAGAUUCUGAUAUAUUCGAUGACAGUAAGACUUUCCGCCAUGUUUGAGGAACAUAUGCGAAGGAUUUUGUACAACUGGAAGUCUGCUAGGAGACGCAGUCAAAUCAACAAUGGGAUGGCUAAAGGGAAAAGGAAGACCUCUGCACGUUUAACUAACGGAGCUGGCUCAUCAAGAGUGAGACCACCCCCAAGCAGUGCCGAAGAAGAAGAAGAAGAAGAGGAGGAAGAAGAGGAGGAGGAGGAGGAGGAAGAGGAGAUGGAUGUUAAUAAUGUCGACAAAAAUGAAAGACAAUUGGCACCCAAAACCACCAGGACUUUGCAGAAUGCUGAUGGACCUGGCCCCUCUCGACUAGCUAACGGUCAUGGUACCAGAGCUGGUGGCGGAUCUCGUCCAAAGAUUAGUCUCAGGAUAUCUCGCAAGGUGACACCAAGUAAAAAGAAUGGUAACAGCGAUAGCGAUCAAAGUGAUGAUUCUGAAGCGACGAUUGAAAGUGAGAGCAGUGACAGUGCUCCGAUGCGGAAAACUCGGGCGGCGAGGAGGACCGUGGUUAGCAAUGGGGCAGGUGAUGGUGAUUCUGGGGAUAGUUACAAGCCAGGGGGGCGUGGCAAACAGACGCGAAAAAAUAGGGCUAAGAAUGGAAAGUCUAGUCGACAGAAUAAACCAAAAGCUAAACCGUUCGUAGUUGCGGAUGACGAUGAUGACGAGGAUGAAGAUAAUCAGUUUAUGGAGCCUGAAAGUACAGAGGAUGAAAGCGAGGCGGAGGAAGUUGUUACGAGAAGUUCGAAAAGACAAUUGCGAAAACUCGCGCCUGUUCAAGAUGUAACAAAGCAACAAGAAAAAGAAGACGAAGAUGAAGAUGACGAUGAAGAGGAAGAGGAAGACGCAAGCGAGGACGAAAAAAGUAAGGAAGAGGAAAGCGACGAUGAAUCGGACGAAAAGGAAACUCGGAGACAAUCUGCAGCUCAAAGAUUGCGUAUCAAUCAAGAUAGUGACAGUGAAACGUCGGAUGUACCCUUUGAAACUGCGAGAAGUAAAAGAAACGAGAGAGUUUCUAGAGAUUCUGACAGUCAAGACGCCGGCAUCCAACCUCGAAGAUCUGUUAAACGACCUCGUUAUAACGUAGAUAGCGAUGAAAGUAAUUCCGUACCUAUAAGAAAUCGGCGAAAAAUUAAACGGCGAUAUUAUAACGAAGAUAGCGACGAAAGCGUACCCGAACCUGCCAUUAGUAUCAGUAGUAGAGGAAGAGUUAGAAAAAUGACUGCACGUGCUAGGGCAUUUCUUCUCGAGUCACCCUAGCGUCCGUCUCCGAGUUAGUAAUAGUUGAAAUGAUCAAUAAUCAGUUCUCAGAAAUUACUGAUCGGAAAAAAAAAAUUUCCGUAAUUCAUAAUCAGAUAAACCCGGUCUAGGAAAAAGUGUUCAGACUAAUCCAGUACUCACUUUAACCACAUGUUUAUGGAAUGUCGAAAAACGACAGGUAAUUGAACAUAGUGAAUAAUGAUUACGUUCUGAUGAAAAAACCCCAACUAUGAAAAUUAUGCGCAAUAAGGAAUCAGUUUACAAUUUAAAUAAUAUUUAUCCGUCCAAACUUUAUCCAAGUUUACUACAAUCAAGAAUUUUAUCAACACAUUUGAGUCCUGGAUGAUGGUCUGAAAAACGUUCAAUAAAUUGACAAGGUUCUGUAACGAACUCUUACCAUUCGGAAUUUCGAAUCCGUCUUACCAAAGACAACACAAGAUAUACAUAGAUCAAUUAUAGGUAAAUAUGUUCAACCAUCUGAGUUAAAUCAUGAGAUAGCGGACCUCGAAAGCGGCAGUUGACUUCAAUUCGAGGACAGGGAACAGAGUAUUGUGUCUAUAUUGUACAUGUAAUAAUUUAUACCUUUGUUGCAUCCAAAGUAAUAGUCUUUUACAAUAUUGUUUUAUGACAACACCUCUCUGUUCAAGAGCGUUGUAAUAAUAGCUAGCUAAUACAGUUAAUACUUCAUUACUCAUAUGCGUUUUUCUUACAUAAUUAUUAAUAAUAUUACAAAGUGAUAAAUAUCUUUGGGUGUAACGGUCACAUUUUUUCCGAAUAAAACGCUACGCUCGUAGGCACGAAUGAAACAAGAGAUAAAAUAAUGAAAAAAAAACAAUAAAAAAUCGAAAUUUUGCAUACAAACAAACAUCAGAGCAAUUGUAAGCUACUCUCCGUGGCAUUUUAAUUCACGAAUAUGACAUAUUAGUAAAGUUUUAUAAAUUCUUGCAACGACAUGAUGAGAUCAUUAAGAUAUUUGAAUUAGAGAAAAUAUUUUUGAAAACGAAUUCCAUUGACUACGUUAAAUUAUGAUUCAUUUUUUCCAGGUGUACUUAUAUUUUAAAAUACGUUUGCCUAACAUAUUUUUUUUAGAUCAUAAGAUAUAGAAAUGGCAGUGCCUUUGUAAAUCAUAGUUAUUCUCCCAGCAUACUGCCACUCAUUUAGCAUAAAAUUAUUGAAUCAAUCAAUCAAUCAAUCGAUGAUCAGGAAAGGUUGAAAAGAAGAAUAAAUAAUAAUAUAGUGUUUGCAUUGUUAACAAUUAUUUUAUUGUAAUUCGUAAGUCAUUUGUUACCAAUACAUUGGGUAAUAAGAGUGUUUUUCUAAAAGGCGUGCAGCGUCGUUGCUUUUUUUUUCUCUUUUUCAUUUUAUUGUAAAUAUAAUGUAUGUCCGGGCAGCGCCCUUUUCCGGACUACAUAGAAUCGGAACAUUUAUCGUCAGAUGAUAUGUGUGUUCCUCGCUUACAUCACGCGUAUAAUAAGUUUCAAAUUAU